GCAUCGGGUCCCCAGGCGGGGCGACCGGCAUCGGGCCCCCAGGAGGGGCGACAGGCAUCGGCCCCCAGGCGAGGCGACAGGCGUCGGGCCCCCAGGCGGGGCAACAGGCAUCGGGCCCCCAGGCGGGGCGACAGGCAUCGGGCCCCCAGGCGGAGCGGCGGGCCCCCAGGCGGGCGACAGGCAUCGGGCCCCCAGGCGGGGCGACAGGCAUCGGGCCCCCAGGCGGGGCGACAGGCAUCGGGCCCCCAGGCGGAGCGCGCGGGCGCCGGACCCCCAGAUGGAGCGACAGGUCUCGGGCCCUCAGGCGGAGCGGCGGGCGCCGGUCCCCCAGGUAGAGCGACAGGUCUCGGGCCCUCAGGCGGAGCGGCGGGCGCCAGACCCCCAGGUGGAGCGACAGGUCUCGGGCCCUCAGGUGGAGCGACAAGUCUCAGGCCCCCAGGCGGGGCGGCGGGCGCCGGACCCCCAGGCGGAGCGGCGGGCGCCGGACCC